UGGUAUAUCAAACUACAGGCCAAACUGUAUAAGGGAAUUCUAGUGAAAGACACAGAGAUAUUUGAGAGUGUAGGGGCGGGCAGUACAAAGCAGACGACAACUUUGAUGAACAUUUUGAUGCAGCUGAGGAAGUGUGUUAACCAUCCUUACCUCUUUGAUGGUGUGGAACAAGAGCCAUUUGAGUUAGGUGAGCAUCUUGUAGAGGCGAGUGGCAAGUUGGUUGUUAUAGACAAACUGUUGAAGUAUCUACACAACACAGGACAUAAAGUUCUCCUGUUCUCACAGAUGACCCACAUGCUAGAUGUCUUACAGGAUUACCUUGGAUAUAGAGGCUAUACAUAUGAACGUCUGGAUGGGUCAGUGAGAGGAGAGGAAAGGUUUCUUGCUGUCCAGAACUUCAACAAAAAUGAUGAAACUUUUGUCUUUUUGCUGAGCACAAGAGCAGGUGGACAGGGUAUAAACCUCACCAGUGCUGAUACAGUGAUAUUUGUAGACAGUGACUUUAAUCCACAGAAUGACCUGCAAGCCGCAGCCAGAGCUCAUAGAAUAGGACAGUCAAGACCAGUGAAGGUGAUCAGACUGAUCAGUAAAAACACUGUAGAAGAGAUUAUACUGAAGAGGGCUGAGGAAAAACUACAGUUAACCAGUGCAGUUAUUAAAGAAGGAGAGUUCUCUCUCGGGGCCUCAAAGCAGGCCCUCUUUACUGAUGACAAAGUUAAGCUUCAAGAUAUUUUAAAGUAUGGUGUAGAUGAAUUAUUGAGUGGUAAUCAUGGUGAUGACAUUGACCUUGAUUUCAAGGACAUUCUGGGACCAACAGCAGAUGGAGAAUGGCAACCAGAGGAGACCGCAGGGGAGGAGGAAGAUAAUGGUUCAGAGGAUGAAGGUAUACUAGAGGAAGCUCCACAGAGUAUGUAUGUAUUUGAAGGUACAGACUACUCCAAAGAACCCACUGCAGCUGAUCAGAAAGCUUUUGAUGAAUUGUUGGAAGUUGAGCGAGCAGCUUUAGAGACGAAGCUUGCAGAGGACAGACCAAGUCGUAUGAAGCGUCAGCCUACGGCAUUUAUGUCAGGAUUACCUGAUGUUCUCAGACAACCUAGAAAGAAACUGACUCCAGAGGAACUAGAAGAAAGGAAGCGAAAGCGUAAGGAAGCUGCAGAGAAGAGGGCAAAGGAGGCUGAGGAGCGUGAGAUGAGAAGAGCACAAGAGGCAAGGAGGAUUAGGGAAGCAAUUUGGAAGAAGAACAAUUACAAGUCGUGUAAUAUCGAGAUUAAUGAAAAUUCUGAUGAGGAAGAAGAUGAAGGAAUGGUGGACGAAGAUGAUAUAUCAGCGGAUGUAACCCCACGUGAUAUACAUUAUGUUCUAGGAGAUGUCACUCAUCCAAAGAAAACGGACAGGAAAAACAAUAUUAUAGUGCAUUGUGCAGAUGAUUCUGGAGGUUGGGGAACAGGAGGAUUGUUUUCAGCACUAUCAGCACGUUCGCCAUUACCAGAAAACCAGUAUACACUUGCUGGAAAUAUGCAAGAUCUAGCACUAGGUGACUGUCACAUGAUAUCUUUAGAUGAUGGAUCCGGUAACAAAGAAGGCACCGAUUGGGUAGCCCUCAUAAUUGCACAACAUCGUGACAAGAGAAACAAUUUGUCUGGAAUAAAACUAUCAGCACUCAGAUAUGGUCUUGAGAAGGUUUAUGUUAAAGCAAAGGAAAACAAGGCGAGCGUACAUUUGCCUCGUAUUGGACAUACAACAGUUGGUUUUAAUUGGUACGGUACUGAGAAACUUAUCAAGAAACAUUUGGCAUCGAAAGGAAUUCCUACAUACAUAUAUUAUUUUCCAAGGAAACACCACAAAAGGAAGACGGCCGCCCACAAUGAUUGGCCACCUCGGUUGCAAAGAGAUUAUUCAACACCAUCUAAACUAGCAAAGGUCUUCAUAGAAAAGGAUGAGUUACGGGUUCUAGCUGAUAUGGUUCUCAGGGGAUGUGAUUAUAUCUACACAAGGACGGAAUGUCUGGAGCACGAUUUCAAGAAAUACAAAAGAUACAUAAUAGCAUAUCCUUUCCAUUUUAGCAAAUUACGGAAACGUCAGUUUGAUGCCUCGUUGGAUAUCUUAGGUCUUUCCUUUCUAUGUCGUAUGGAAGAACGGGUUCUUUGA